AUGCUUCCUACCAUCAGCUGGAUGCUCGCGGGAGCGGCUCUACUGACAGAGCCAAUCUCAGCAACACCUGCCGAUUCACUAGCCUUGAGAAACUACCCUACAACAAACACAACAGCGUGCUCUCCCCUCGUUGACGCCGGUCUCGGCUCCAUCCUCUUCUACCCUUCCGAUGCACAGUAUAAUGAGAGCAUCUCAUCCUACUACUCCGUGUCGGUGCAGGUAGUACGGCCCACGUGCAUCCUCCGCCCCCAGACCCCAGAGGAGGUCGCGCUGGCGGUCACGACGCUGGGCCAGGCAGGAGGUGCCGGCUGGGCGGUGGCCGUCCGGGGAGGUGGCCACGCCGUCUUCCCAGGCGCCGCCAACGUAGAGCAGGGCGUGGUCAUCGACCUGAGUGUCAUGAACGCGACCAGCUUCGAGGCGUGCACAUCCGCGUGCGAAAUUUGCAAGGAUGCUGAUGCCGACGGCGGCAUCACUUCCGUUGGAGCUGGAGCCAAAUGGGGCGCUGUCUAUGAUGAGGUGGAAAAGUACGGCAUGACUGUGGCUGGGGGUCGCGACAGUGAUGUUGGCGUUUCGGGUUUGCUUCUGGGUGGUGGCUUCUCUUUCCACUCCGGACGUCGUGGCUUGGCCUGCGAUGGCGUUAUCAACUACCAGGUCGUCCUCGCAAGUGGUGAAAUCGUUGAGGCUAACCGAGAACACAACACCGACCUCUUCAAGGCCCUGAAAGGCGGCAGCAACAACCUGGGGAUCGUCACACGCUUCGAUCUCAACACCUGGCCCUCGAGAGGCUUCUUUGGCGGCACGACCGCUUUCGACUACAGCCAGAAGGACGCGCUCGUGAACCUGGUCGUCCGCGCGAUCGACAUCAACGACGCCAACCCCGACGAUGCGCUGUUCGUCACCUUCGUGUACACCAGCGGCACCCCCAGCCCGAACCUCGCCCUGACCUCCAUGAGCGUCGACGGCAACGGCAACUCGACAACCUUCGCCCCCCUCGGCAACAUGACGGCCCUGGUCAACACCCGCGCGCCCACCUCGAUGAGCAACCUCACCCGCAGCAUCCAGAGCCCCGGGGCCCUCCGCAGCAUCUGGUACACGCUCAGCUUCCACAACACCCACGACAUGAUCCAGCACGCGACGACCGUCUACGACACCAUCGUCGCCGAGCUCGCCGACCAGGCCCCCGGAGCCAUCAACGUCAUCUUCGUCUACCAGCCCCUCCCGACGCAGUUCGCGACCCGCGUGCCGCCCGGCACCAACGUCCUCGGCCUGGACACCUCGCUGACCCAGAACUCCAUCCUGUUCCAGCUGCAGGCCCUGGUGGGCACGGCCGAGGACGAGAGCCGCAUGGAUGCCCGGCUGGCAGAGGCCACGGCGGAGAUCGAGGCGUACGCCAAGGCCACGGGACAGGAUACCCCCUUCCGGUACCUCAACUACGCGAACCCGUCGCAGGACCCCAUCGGCUCGUACGGGGCGGAGAAUGUGGCGUUCUUGCGGGAGGUUUCGGCCAAGUACGACCCGGAAGGAUUCUUCCAGAAGAAAGUUACGGGAGGAUUCAAAUUGCCUAAGUACGUAGUAUUACCCCUCGAGGGUAGGCAAACCCCCCCUCCCCCCCAAAUCAUCAUCUCAAGAGCUAAACAUCAACCAAUCCAUACAAAUUCUCCCACACCUCCACCAACCAUCCCCAAACCCCCUUUUCACUUUCCAAAUACCACCAUCCAAGAAUACCCUCUUUCUCACCAUACUCGCUUAACAUCUGUCGUCGUCUUCAACAUCUCUCAUCGUCUUCAACAUCUGUCGUCUCCUUUAACAUCGGCGCUAGUAAGCGAGCGAAUAAGCGACAAAGCAAAACAAACCUCUACUCUCUCGAAAACGGAAAGACCCGCCCUCUCCCUCUGCCUCUGCCUCGCCCUCCUGCGCUCCUCGUUCUCAGUCUCCUUCUCUUUCUCUUCCUCUUCCUCUUCUUCUAUCCCCUUCCUCGCUUUUGAACCGGCAAGCCUUCGACGUACCCAUCGUUCUCUUUCCAGGCUCCUUUCCCCGUCAGUCUCGGACACCAUCUAUUGCCGUGUUUUGCUCCUCAGGGAUGAAUAG